AUGCUUUAUAACUCCUCUUCGAAAUUGCUUACUUCGGUAUUUUACAGCUUGUUCCUCUUCGCAAUGAUGGGCCCUUGUAACUGUCAGCAGGUGCUCGUGCAGACAAAAGCUGAAGCAGAUAUGCGUCGAGAAAUUCGUAAGGAACAAAAAAGAGCCAAAAAGGAAUUGAAUCGUAUUCAUCAUGCAUUCGGUGACGAGGAGAAGUUGGAGCUUGAGCUUGCCCAGCGAGAGAUUCUGCGAAUGCGCCAAAUCGAGAUGGACCAGCUGAAGUGGACACCUACAAUGAAAAGUUCAAAUCGACCACGAGAAAUCUAUCCAUUUGUCUUUGAUGCCUGUGUUGACAGUGGAUCAGCAAUGAUAACUAUUAAUGGAAUGAAGUACGCUCUACCGGAAGGCUCCAUCAGAGGAAGCUUCCGCACACAUGAAGAGGUCGAAGUGCCGCCUAUGAACAAGAGUUCCAUAGGAGAUAUUCAUAGCGUCUUCGUCAAAGAUAUGGACGACCUGGGUCAGCUCGGUUUCCAAGGGUUCGAGAAGCUCAAUGUGAUUCAGUCGAUCGUAUUCGAGCAAGCUUAUAAAACUAAAGAGAACCUCCUAAUUUGUGCACCAACUGGAGCUGGUACGUUGCUCUGGUUGCGGUUUUCAUCCUUACUCACAUAA